UUACAUGUAUAGACAGAUAUAAAUGUAGUUGUGAAAAAUGAUGAAUUUAAAAGGCUUUGUGAUUUUAAUGUGUACAUGUAUUUCGUUUGUUAAAUUGAAUUAUAUCGAGACAAAAACCAAUAUAGGUAUAAUAUAUGGUCUAUUAGAGGAUGUAGAAGUCUUCGGAAAGAACUUUCUAAUAUCUAAAUAUUUCGGAAUUCCUUACGCUAAGCCACCGAUUGGGGAUUUACGAUUUAUGAAACCAGUUCCAACAGCCAAGCUUGUGGAACCUCUAUAUGCAACUGAUCAUCGUGAUGCAUGUUUUCAGUACAACGUUGGUUUACAACCUAAAGGAAAUAUAUCGUACUCGGAGGACUGCCUUUACCUUAACAUUUAUGCUCCUGUAAUCAAAGGUGAAAAAGCCGAAAAACUGGCAGUUAUGAUCUGGAUUCAUGGUGGUGGUUUUGUGGUUGGAUCUGCCGACCCGUACCUUGGAGAUCAUCUCGCUGCAUUCGGCAGAGUUAUUGUGGUUACAAUAAACUAUAGAUUGUCUCUGUGGGGAUUUUUUAGCUCAGGUGAUGACAUUGUACCCGGAAAUAGUGGGCUCUGGGAUCAACAUACAGCUAUUAAGUGGGUUCAUGAAAAUAUAGAAGCAUUUGGGGGAGACCCAGAAAAGAUCACGCUGUUUGGAGAGUCUUCCGGUGCUGGAAGUGUGAUGUUGCAAGGACUUUAUUCAGGAAACAAAGGUUUUAUUCACCGGAUGAUAGCACAAUCCGGCAGUGUUGGAUCAUGGUGGAGUACUGAUACCAUAGACAAACGAAAAGAGUCGACUUCGAAAUUGAUUAAACUUACAGGAUGCGAGGUAACGCCUACAAAGAGUAUGGUUAAAUGCCUUCAAUCUAUUCCAGGACAAAAGUUACUAGAUAUUAUAGAAAACCGAGAAAAUGGAUUUAAAGCUCUACCAGUCCCUUUCAUUCCAAUGGUAGAUAAUGACUUCAUAAAAGUUUCAAAAGAAAAUAUAUUUAGAGCUGAUAGUGCAUUCCCAAAGGAAGACAGUGACUUUUUCCUUUCUCUAGAUUUGAUGAUGGGUAUGAACAACGGUGAUGGAAGUGGUGCGAUUGGGCCGUUAUAUGGUUUUAAAGAUCCAGAAACAUUUCUACCAAAUAGAACAACCUUUGAAAGGUGUGUCUCUUCUUUGAUAAACCGUCUAUACCCAGGUCUUGAAGACAGUAUUUUACAUGAUGCCAUUAUUGCAGAAUACACAAACUGGCAGAACCCCUUUGAUAGUUAUCAGAUACGUGAGGAAAUAAUGUCAAUGCAUUCGGAUUCAACGUACACUGGUCCGAUGCAUCGUGCGUUGAAUUACCAUUCAAAAUCAGCAAAAGGAAAUUAUAUGUAUUAUUUUGACGACUUUACGUCUAACCAUUUAUUUUGUAAAAUAUCUUGGUUUAAGAAGAUGAGUCAUGGAGCAGAAAUUCCACUCAUAUUUGGAUACAAAAAUUCGGACAAAUUGACAGACUGGCAGUUUUACCCAUCGUCGUGGGAAAGAGAAUUUUCAAAGAGAGUCAUGACACUCUGGUCCAAUUUUGCAAAAACAGGAAAUCCGAAUCUUCCAGAUGAAGAGGGUCUUGACUGGUUAAAGUAUACAAAAAUACAUCAGCACUAUCUGCAAAUAUCUCGCGAUAUGACGUCAUCAAAUGUGAAGCAACGUCUGAAUGCACGUAGGGCCAACUUCUGGGCGCACUUCAUUCCAGAAUUGGUGAAGUCAGCGAAUUGUGUUCUCACUAAAGGUUUAGGGAGUAAGACAAAUUCUUGUCAAAGGGAUGAGCCCUGUCCGCCAUAAAUGUCCGUUUCAUCAUAUACACUGCUUCAGGUCACGAUUGCUUGUAUAUUUCCAUGCUAAGGGAUAUCUGUCAAAUGAAGAAAUAGUUAUAACAAUAUGAUGCAUAAUUUAACUAAGCAGUAUGUGGAGGAUUUUUGUAGUUGUUCGUUUUAAAGAAUGACGGCCUUAUAAUGUGAUUUACAGAAUUCUAUCAUGAAGACACAUUAGCAGAAAGAAACGAAAUAAAUGCUUGAAUAAUAGUCAAAAGAUCUAAUGUUAUGUAAACCUGUAAAAGAGACAAGAACGGACUACAUUUAUUUUGAUAGUUUGUCAGUGGAAAUAGAGAAUAUUAGGUUACUUUCUUGCUGAACUUAAGCUUAUCCAGCAAGUCGAAGAAAGAUUUAUCCAUCCCGAGGUACUGCCGAGGGUUGAUGAACUUUUCGAGAUAGAUACACUUAAUUUCGGAAAGACAGUAACCUCAUAUUUCAUUUAAUCUGCUAGCAACAAAAUAUUUGUAUUUUACAGUCUAAUCAGUCUACAUAUGUACAUUUGCUAGUUUUUCAACAUCACAAACUAAGAAAUGUACCGGACAAACUAGAAAACGUACAUAACAAUCUGUUUUAUCUACAUGACAAAUUACUAUUUGUACCGAAUACAGUGGAAAAUGCACAUGAAGAACUAUCAGUUGGACACCGCACAAAACAAACUAAGAAAUGUAUUGGACAAACUGGUAAAUGUACAUAACUAACUGUUUUAUCUACAUGAUAAAUUAUUAUUUGUACAGAAUAUAGUGGAAAAUGCACAUGACGAACUAUCAAUUUGACAGCGCAAACUAGCGAAUGCACAAAGCACACUAAGAAAUGUACCGGACACACUAGUAAAUGUACAUAACAAACUGUUUUAUCUACAAGACAAAUUAUAAUUUGUACCGAAUAUAUUCGGCAAUGCACAUGACGAAGUAAUAAUCAUCAUGUCAGGACGGUCUAGGCGUUCCAUAAUUAAGUGUAAAGUUUCACUUUAUGUCAUAUGCUGUAGUAUAUGCAGUUGAUAUUGCACCGUUGAUUGUUGCGUUACUGGUCGGUUGGAUAAGUUUGAUUUUAAACAGGAAAUAUCAAUAAAACUUUACGUAAUCCAUUUAAUAUUUGUAAAUUUAAUAGAUUCGAGAAGCUGUUAACCUCAUCAACCUCAUCUUAAAAAGAUAAGCGCCUUAUCAACACACCGUGGGAGAUUUCCUCUUUCGUGCGUGUACAACAUGACAUGUACACAAAAAGUCAUGCGACUGAAACCUUAACAAUUAUGUAGCAUGACGAAUUGCAAAUAAUAAACAUGUCUAAAUCUGAUUUUAAUAUGCAUAUCGGUAAUUAGAAGCAUCAGAAAUGAAACCCAUUUGAUAUAUUGUACAUGUAGCAGGAUAAGACUGUAGACUACAAUAUACGUUAUUCUGAAAAUUCAAUUUUAAAUUAGCUAACACAGCUUUUAUUACAUGAUAAGAUAGGGAAAUGGCAACUACACAUCAGUCAAAAUUAUUGUCUGAAAGAUUUUUUUUUAAAAAUGUCAGGACAAUAGCUUUCAAAAGUUGUAAGAGGAAUUUUUCUUUUUUUUUUCAAAUUUAAAUUGUCUCCUUUUUAUUUUACUUCCUGGCAAUGAUAAUGCACCAAUUUAGAGGAAUUAAUAAAAUUUUAAACCUCA